AUGCAUCCACGAGCUGUCGCUCACAUGCGAGAGCUCAGAAAGCUCUCGGCCUCCCAUCGAGAGAUUGCGCUUGCCGCAUGCAAACCCGGUUGCUCCGAUUUCGACUAUCGCCGCUUUGAAGGCAUCUGGUCAGGGGCAGACGGUACACUGCGUGGCCGUUUGUUUGCCGUUUUCUUCGCCAUACUGGAUCCAUCUCGAAUCCCGCCAGCCGCUGAACUAGAGACUCUAUCUCGAGUUACAAAGACCCAGAUUCGGCAUCUGCUCUGGAUUCUGGGGCAUCUUUUCGUGCGCACCGGUGAACUCCCUGACGGGGUCUUUGAGCUAUGCGGCUUUGUUGUCGCCUGGGUGGACUUUUUGUACGUCUUCCACGACUCUCUGCAGCUAACCGAAGAGCUUGUCGACAUACUGCCUUCCAAGACGGUGUUGCUAGCAUCCCUGGGACACUUCACGGCCGAUCUGGAACAUAAAUGGCAAGCCAAAUGCAACGACGAUGUGGGGGGUAUCCCGACGGACGCCGAAGGGCCAUCUCACAAGAUGCAGCAGACGCCUGGGUAUUUUCGGCUCUUCAUACCAACGUGGGAGUUUGUCAUCGGCCAACGCGGACAGUGGGAGGGGGUGGACAUAAAGCUGUUCAAUGACUUCGUCUUCAUGUUCCCCCUGAUGCUUAACCACCGUCAGCUCGACGAGAUCUUGGAUGUGUGUAGGAAUGGAGUCUCCACGUUGGUUGGAUUGAUCCAGACCCAUCUGGCGUUGGUUGGCUCUCUCCAAUCCCGAUCCACUAUGCAUUUCAUUUACUGCUCCAGACCGCUCAAGCUGGCGCUCCUCGUCAGCGAGGUACUCAGGAGUGCAAGCCCCACUGGGCUCAUGGUCCUUGCGGAAUGCCUGGCAUCUCAUCGUGCUUUCAAGGAGGUGCUGAACCUACUGAAAGGCACUCUCGACCCUCUGCCCGAUGUCUCUCGGUCCGACCAUCCGGGACACGAGUUCUGGCGCUCCACGCUUCGAUACUCUCUCGAUCUCAUUCUCAUAACGGUUUCAACGAGUCCCCAUGCGCUCCGCAAGGCACUGAAGGCCAACGUUAUUCCCCAAAUUUUUCAUUCGGCGCAGUUCCUGCCAGACGAACACCUUCUGCUGUGCCUUACGGAGUUCAUCAAAACGCAACUGCCGGCCGGCGUCUGCUUCCCAUCGAUUUUGCCGCUCAUUACCCAGUCCAUCAAGGUCAUCGUUGCCUCGCCGCUGGACAACACUCCCGACGCAAGACUGAAUGAAGUCUGGGACAAUUUCAAGCGGAGCGCGGCUUACCAAGAACAGAUGCUCAGUGCCCUAAAGCACAAGCCUCCCUUCCUUCGACUGGCUGCCUGUGAUAAUCCACCGUGCGGCCGCAUCGACAAUCGCACGAUCUUCCGCCGGUGCUCUUCCUGUCGCGUCCGAAUUUACUGCUCUCGUGCCUGCCAGAAAAGCGACUGGCGCGAGGGUCACCACCGCAUUACCUGCGCUGCGACCCAGGCCGAAUUCACGCGAAUACGCGCUACGUUCUCGAAGCGACAGCUCUGCUUCUUCCGCCUUAUGGUGCACAGAUUCUACGUUGACAAUUCUGUGGUCCUGCACUGCCAAAGUGCUAUUGAGCGUUUGUCCGCUAGCCAGCAGCAGGCCGCCGCCGGUGCCGACCCGCGCCCCGUAAUCACCACAACAGUCAGCGUCGUGUGGGGCAAGCUAGAGCUCGAUGACAUGGUGAUCAGCUCCGCGCUGACUCCUGCCAAUCACGCCGCACUCCGAGCUGCCGUUCCCAACGCUGAUGACUGGAUCGACCGCGCGCGGCGGAGCAACGGCCGUCUGGUCCUUUAUAUCCUCAAUAUCCCGAUCGGGCUGGACGAGCACAGCUUAGUCUUUCCGCUCCACAUGAACAUGUCGUUCUUGGAGGAUACGGCGCUGCGCCUGGCUCGCGCGACAGAGGGGCCGGAGCGCAAAACGGACAACAUCCUGGCGCUACCUCAGCAGUUCGUGGCCUGCCAACUGCCCCCGAAACUGUCCGUGACUCAGUAG